AUGUACAUAAUAUACAUGUACUUAUUCAAAUAUCUUGAUGCACUCCAAGUCCUGCAGGCGCAACUCAUCGGUAAAACGACAUCGUUCCUUGAGUUUCAGAAAAUGUCAGAAGUUACAGAUGCUUCAUGCGCCGCCGCCGCAUCCACCGUCACCGGCGGCGUCCCCGGACCCGGUGACAACGGGGAUUCGCGAGGGCACGAAGCAGCUCAAUCUAUUCACUCCGACGUCGUGAAGGACCUCCUUUCUCUCGGCGUAUGCGAGAGAUGCAUCUUCCGAUUGGUAGCAAUCCGAGGUUUCGAUUCGGUUUUUUCUUCGGUCUCGACGUCGACUCUCCGGAGUCGGAAUGCAGUUGAUGGCGACACGAGUGUCCCGUCGGAGUCUGACCACUCUGGCGUCUGUAUUGUUUGCUUAGGCGUUUUGCAGUUCAUUUAUUCCGACGACAAACAGACAGUGGUGAAAAUGGAGAGUAAUAGUGAUUUUGCUACGAGGAUAGCGGAAUUUGUGAAGCAGAGUCAUCAUGAGUUCGAUAGCUUUGGUCUCGAAGUCUCUGUGCCGUCGGUUAUCACUGAGAAUGAAUCUGCAGUCAUGUCAUACCUGAAAGGAAAGUAUGAAUCUGAAGUUUGGCUGGAUACUGAAAGAACUUCAGUAAAGGAUGCCUUGAAAAAUCUGAUUUUAGAUCUCCUGAAGAAUUCACUGGAUGCUAAAUCAGAUUCAAGCCCUUUCCGCAUACGUUUGACAUACACCAACUCACCAAAUGAGGUUGAUAGUGCUGCUGAAACAAAGGGUGAGCAAAAGAGGAGGAGAACAGACAAAGAAAAUGGAUCAAACUGUAUGUUGCAGAAUUCACUGAAAAAGGUUUACAAACCAUGCAGCUUGGAAGUGCUUUUCCACAAAAUGCCUAUCUACUUUGGUGGGAGAUACCUCAAAUUCUCAAGAAACGUGAGUCAGACACGAUGGAUUAUUGAUGAUGAAAGGAUGGGUGAAGCCUCCGUUGAGGAGAUAAUUGGGAGCAACAUUCUUCCAGCAUGCUUUGGUGAUAACUACAAAUUCCACGCAGCUGGUAGAGAAGAUAUUGAUGUUCGGAUGUUAGGUUCAGGCAGACCUUUCUUGCUUGAGAUUCAGAAUCCCCGCCGAUUCCCAUCAGUGGAUUUGCUGAAGGAAAUCGAAGCUAAGAUGAACAACUUGGAAAACAAACUAGUGGGGGUAAGAAACCUAACGCUUUUGGAAAAUCAUUGUUGGAACCUUAUGCGCGAAGGAGAAGGAGAGAAGAGGAAGCAAUAUGCUGCGCUUGUGUGGAUUUCUCGUCCACUCGAAGAUAAAGACUUGGAGUCCAUUUCUUCUCUAAAAGAAUUGAAAAUCUUGCAGAGAACUCCAGUACGGGUGCUUCACCGACGAAGUCCAUUGGACCGAGAAAAGAUUAUACACUGGAUGAAUAUCGAGAAGAUAGAAGGGAAUUGUCAGUAUUUUCUCUUGCAUCUGUGCACCCAGGCUGGGACAUACAUCAAGGAAUUCGUUCAUGGAGAUUUGGGUCGGACCAGUCCCAGCAUCGGAUCGAUUUUAGGAUGCAGGGUUGAGAUACUGCAGCUUGAUGUCACAGACGUCAAAAUGGAUUUCCUUGAUGACUGAAUAGAGGCGAGAAUCAACGAGAUGAUUCUGUCAAAAGGUAGGCAAAUUCCAGUCUUCCCCCUUGAGAAAACCGCAGCCGGGUUGUGUGAUUUUGAGUUUUGAAGCUGGGAGAAAGUCCCGAUCAAAUUUUUGGUCUGCGUUCAUAUGAAACAUUAGGAUGUAUUAUUAUUGUUCACAGUUUGAUUUACCUGUUCUUAUA